AUGCCACCGAAUGUAACGGCUCUAAUUCAACCGAUGGACCAGAACGUGAUUCGCCCCACCAAAUUAUUUUACCGAAAUUCUUUACUGAGCAGUGUAGUGCAAAAAGAAAAUAUAAACACAGCGUUAAAGGACCUCACCCUUUUCAAUGCAGUUCAACUUAUUGCUGCAGCUUGGGAAAAAGUUUCAGGGGUUGUUCUUCAGAAGUGUUGGAAAAACAUUUUAAUUAAUAAAACGGCACCUGACGAUGAAGAUGAUGAGGACAAUAUACCUCUAGCAGAUUUGCGAUUCAGAGAAGACCUUUCUGUUAUGGAGAGCACACUUUCUCUUAUCCAUACAAUGUUUCCCCAGGCAACCUUCAACACAGAUGAUUUGGAAGCAUGGAACAGUGUAGACAAUGUACUUGUAGAAGAGAACCCGAGUGCUGAAAAUGAACUGGCCAUAGAAAUUUCGGAACAGGAGGAAGGUGAUACCGCUGUAGUUGUAGCUGUGCCGCCAAUAAAGCAUACUGACGCUAUCGACUGCUUUGAGAAGUGUAUCAAAUAG